AUGGUGAAUGGGAGCCCCCUUGGCUUCUUUCAACCCUCUAGAGGGAUUCAACAAGGUUGUCCCCUUUCACCUCUAUUAUUUACCUUGAUUACCGAAUAUUUAUCUUCCUGGUUUGAAGCUGAGUGCAGAGAAGGUAACUUGGUAAUUGCUCCUGCGGCUAGAAAGGCUAACUGUUUGGUGACUCAUCAAUUUUUUGCUGAUGAUUUGCUGGUCGUAGUGAGAGCAAAUAUGGCUUCAGUGUUUACUUUGAGAAGGAUGAUGAAGCACUUUGAAGAAGUGUCUGGUUUAGCAGUAAAUACAGAUAAGUCUGAGGUAUUCUUUACCAGGUCUGUGAAGAGGAAGUCUAAUGUGCUGAGAAUAUCGGGUUGUACGCAAGGUUCUCUUCCUUUUACUUAUUUAGGGCUUCGUAUUUCUAAUAAGGGGCUAAAGAGAUUGGACUGUAAACCUUUGAUGGACAAGGUCAUGUCUACAACUACAAGAUGGGCUGUUGUCAAUUUAAUUGAAAUAAGGAUGAGAAAUUUUGAUUGGGGGCAUGAUGAUAAUAACUUAAAGCUGGAUAGUUUGUGUUGGAAAAGGGUUGCGUCUCCAAAAACUGAAGGUGGUUUUGGCUUAAGGCAGAUUCUUGACAUUGACAAAGCUGCUAAAUGUUCUUUGGUCUGGGAUUUCCUUCUUUCUAAAGAUAGGUUGUGGGUAGCAUGGUUUAAGCAAUGUAAUUUAAGGGAUGCUUCCUACUGGUCUGUCAUUCCUAAAUUAACUCACUCUACCAAUCGGAAGAGUAUUGUAGCCAUCAGGGAAAUUCUAAGGGAGAAUUUCUCUUAUCAUAUUGGUAAUGGUGCUUUGAUUCAAACGUUUUUGGAUCCGUGGUGUAGAGGUCAAUUUUUAUCAGAGGUUUUUAGUUUUAGAACCUUGCAACAGGUUUCUCAUAACAAACAAAUUGAAUUGGGUAGGUUUAUUAUUCAAGCUCAGUGGCAGGUUGUUGGUAUUCCACUUCAAGUUAAACAAUUCAUGCAACAAUUCAGGAUCUAUGGUGGUGCUGAUCAGAUAUUAUGGAAACAUAAACCUUUUACUUUUAAAGAUGCUUGGGAUGCCUGUAGGGAAUCUAAUCCUGAGGUUUCGUAG